AUGCUGGCGUCUGAAAAAGCACGGUCUGUGGCGCUCAAAGCGACCAAACUCUUCCAACCGCUCAAAGUCGGAAAAAACACUUUAGCCCAUCGAGCCGUUUUUGCACCCAGCACUCGGUUCAGAGCACUUCCAGACCACACUCCUCUGGACCUCCAGCUUGAGUACUACGAUAAGAGGUCCAGGUUUCCCGGCACUUUGGUGAUUACAGAGGGCACAUUGCCUAGUCUAAGCACCGGCGUCGAUGCAAAGGUGCCUGGAAUCUAUUCAGAAAAGCAGGUGGAGGAGUGGAAGAAGAUCACAGAUAAGAUCCAUGAAAACGGGUCGUUUGCGUCAGUCCAGCUAUGGGGAUUGGGCAGAGGCGCCGAUCCGGUUCAGUCGAAAAAGGAGGGUCUUCAGUACAGAGGCGUUUCGGCGAUUUACCAUAGUCAAGAGCUGGAACAGGCUGCAAAGAAGGCUGGAAACGAAUUGGAGGAGUAUACCACCCAGGAGGUGGAGCAGGUUGUUCAGGAUUUCGUGAAAGCCGGACAAAACGCAGUCAAGGCUGGCUUCGACUAUGUAGAGCUCCACGGCGCCACAGGCUACCUCAUCAACCAGUUUUUCGAAUCCAGCGCCAACAAGCGAACCGAUAAGUACGGUGGAUCAAUUGAGAAUAGAGCCAGGUUUGCGUUGGAGCUUAUAGACGGCCUCAGUGAGGCAAUUGGGCCUGAAAAAGUGGCAAUCAGGAUUUCACCCUGGCUCAAGUACACGGGUAUGAAGGCUGAACAGGAUGAGAUCCACCCGAUCGCUACUUUUGGCUACUUUCUUGGUCAAUUGCAGAAACGUGCUGAUGCUGGAAGAGAGAUUGCCUAUGUUUCGCUUAUAGAGCCUCGAAUUCCAGGCAUGCUGAGUAACGAGGACGCUUUUGGAAGCAACGCUUUUGCCAAAUCAGUCUGGAAAGGCAUUCUCAUCAGAUCCGGCAACUACACCUACGAUGUGCCUGAUUUCAAGCAGCUUCUUGAGGAUAUUGAUGACGACCGUACUUUGGCAGGCUUCUCCCGUUUCUUUCUUUCCAAUCCUGACUUGAUCUAUAAAUUGCAAGAUGGCGGAGAGUUGGAGAAGUAUGAUAGGAAGACUUUCUACACGUCGACCAAUUGGGGCUACAAUACGUGGAAUGGCUGGGACGAGGCAAAUGAGUUUGACAUGAAGACAGAAAAGUCCAGGAGGCCCGCUCCAAUUGGGGCCUGA